GUUUAGAACAGAAUCGAAUCACUUAUUAGGUCUUCUUCUCUGACAACGAAACGAAACCAAGCUUUAAUCAAAUCUUGGACAAGAAGCCAUGGAAGUUGAAACCGAUGAUACGAAGGGACAAGAGCCGAAGCAAAUUAGAGACGAAGAACUAUUCAAAGCGGCGGAAUCUGGCGAUUCUUCGGUGUUCAUGUCUUUAUCUCCUCAACAGCUCGCGAAAUCUCUCAGUUUCAGAAACGAAGACGGUCGCUCCCUCCUCCAUGUCUCAGCUUCUUUCGGCCAUUCUCAGAUAGUGAAGUUGCUAUCAAGUGUAGAUGAGUCAAAGACUGUUAUCAAUAGUAAGGAUGAUGAAGGAUGGGCUCCUCUUCAUUCUGCUACUAGCAUCGGCAAGGCCGAGCUCGUUGAAAUCUUAUUGACUAGAGGUGCUGAUGUGAAUGUCAAAAACAAUGGUGGUCGCACUGCUCUUCACUAUGCUGCUAGCAAGGGAUGGUUAGAGAUCGCUCAGCUUUUACUAACACAUGGCGCAAAGAUAAACAUCACGGACAAGGUGGGUUGCACUCCGCUUCAUAGAGCAGCAAGCACUGGUAAGACUGAAGUUUGUGAGUUUUUGAUAGAGGAAGGAGCAGAGAUUGAUGCUAUGGAUAAAAUGGGCCAAACUCCACUCAUGCAUUCCGUGAUCUGUGAUGACAGACAAGUUGCGUUUCUUCUUGUAAGACAUGGUGCAGAUGUUGAUGUAGAAGACAAGGAAGGCUACACCGUUCUAGGCCGAGCUUCCAACGAUUUCAGACCAGCACUUAUUGAUGCUGCCAAGGCUAUGCUUGAAUGAUAUGCUUACUCUAAAACAGUAGAACAUAAAAAGGAUUGUUCUUUAUUUGUUCAAGUUUGCUAGAUUUUUCUGCUUUUAUCUAAAAGAAAAAUGUUUAUCAAUUUAUGCUCUUCUCUAGAAAUUUUUUUAGCAAUAAAUCUCCAAUUAAUU